AUGCCCCCAGUUGCAACAGAAAAUGUCGCGUCAGACACCGCUGGCUCUAAGACGGCCACGCCGCACCUGAGCACCAUGCCCGCCAAUGAUUUCGGCUGGCAAAUUACUUUGGCACACAAGGUCGUUGCUAUCACAGGUGCAAAUCGGGGAAUUGGCCUUGGUAUCGCCGAAGUCUGUUUGGCAAAUUCGGCAACAAGGGUUUACUCCUUGGAUCUGAUGGAGCCGGGAGAUGAGUUUGUCGCACUACAAAAACGAUACCCAAACUUUCAAUUUCUCCAAACCGACGUUACGUCGGAGCACAGUGUGGAGAAAGCUAUCAACCACAUUGUCGAGGCUACGGGUCGCAUUGACGGGCUGGUAGCCAACGCAGGCAUGACCAAGCAUCAACCUGCCCUCAAAUUUGACCGCUCUGACUUGGAGCAACUGUUUAAUCUCAACGUAUUUGGUGCCUACUUUUGUGCCCAAAUCGUCGCUCGCAAGUUCAUUGAACUCGGGAUUAAGGGUUCGAUUGUAAUGACAUCCAGUAUGACUUCGUAUCGACCUAACCGUGCUGCGCCCUCUGCGCCAUAUGGAGCGACCAAGGCUGCUGUUCGAAAUAUGUGUCAUACCCUUGCAAUGGAGUGGAGCAAGCAUGGCAUUCGCGUCAACAGCAUCUCCCCGGGAUUCGUACGAACCGCCAUGACCUAUUAUGUGGAAACGGCUUCAGACUGGGAUCUCAAGAUGCAAUACUAUGGCGGCAUGCCACGCUUGGCUGACCCGCGAGAACUUGGCGGGGCCUAUGUUUAUCUCCUGAGCGAUGCGAGUUCAUACACUAGUGGGAUUGACAUUCCAAUCGCGGGGAUUGUUGGCGCGUGGUGA